AUGAUCAUCAAAUUUAGCAGAACUAAAAUUUUCACCUUGUCUAAGUUUCUAUCUCCAAGUUAGCUUAUCUCUCAAAGAUAAUAUUCAACAAUCGAAAGAGGGUCAAAGAGAAUUAUUUAAAAAUAGCCAGAAUAGUAAGAAGAUGAAAAGCCAAAAGAAAAGCCAAGGGGCAUCAAAGAUGCAGCUUUCAAUUAAGAAUUUUAUGGUGUUCCACUUAAGAAAAUGCAGCCAAAAGAUCAUCAAGAUUUAAUGUUCAAGCUCAAUUAAGGCUUCACAACUGUUAAGGACUUACUGAACUUUUUUGAAGCAAAUAGAAAUAUAUUUGAAAAUUAGUCUUACGAGAUAAUUUUUCAAAAGCUUGCUAAGUAUUCUAGAAACAAGAAUAAAGAGCAAUUUAAAAUUGCAGAAUCUCCUUAAUAUAAAGUCCUUUUGGAUGACUAUUCACGUCAUUUGGGCAGAGAGUUGGACAAGAACAUGAAGAUCAAGAAACACACCGACACAUUCAAUUCUUUCAUUAAGAUACUUGACAAUGUAAUUCCUAUUUCAACUCAAACUAGAUUCAACCUAUCUCUCCCAACCAAUAUCAAAAGAGCUUUUCACUUGAUUUUAGAGGAUAAUUAGUACCUUGCAGCACUAUCUCCACAUAAUAUAUCUAAACUUAUCUACUAUAAUGCAAAUCCAAAAUUAUUUGAUCUAACUAUUAAGAAAAUAACAAAAAAUGCUCAUCAUUUGUGCGAUACUCUGUUGAAUAUUCCUGACGGGUUAUCAUAGCUACAGCCUAGAGAUAUUUAUAACAUUUUAAGCGGAUUUGGACCUCUGCAUUUAGUUCCGCAUUCUGAAACUCUCUAUUAUUUGGAGCCAUGGAUAAUAAGUAAAUUGCAAGAAUUCUCACCAGAUCAACUUAAUUUGAUUGCUGCAUACUAUAUCAGAUUGCAAAGAGGCAAUUAGCUUUUUUUGAAGCAAAUUAUUUCCUAUGUUUCUAUGUAUCAAGAGGAAACAACUAUUUAUAGCUAGACCUAGUUACUCUCAAUGUUUAAUCCUAAAUAUCUACAGAGAAAGGAAUUCUCAUUAGAUGUACAUGAUGAAGUCAAAGUUAUAGCCAAAGCUAUAAUUAAAAACAUCAAUCUAAUAGUCCCUAAGGUUCAUAUGAAUCAGAUAAUUCCCAGAUUCCUUCAAUUUUAAAUAGGAACUAAAGCCUAUUACGAAAUGCUUGCCAUUAAGUUCAAUAGAGAUAUUGAAGAGUUUAACUUUAAAAACAAGACUCAAAUGGUAUUUUGGUUUGCUCUAGCUGACAUCGAUUAAAGUUACAUCUACAAGACAGUCCAUAAAUUGUGUGCCUCCUAUAGUGAAGCAUUUAUCCAAAAGGAAUAAGACUAUGAGCCAGCUCAAUUAGGUUUUUUCACAGAAAAACAGCUGAAAUAUAUUGCUGAUGCCAAGAGUGAUUUAGAUGAUUAUGAAAGUAGUAUAUAGAAUAUAGAAGCACUUAAUAAGGAGCUUGGAAAGGAAGAAUAGCUUAUUGAGAUGAGAGAUAAAUUCCAGCACGAUCAAAUUGAAUGCAUCACUAAACUUAUGUGGUCAUUUAUGGUUUUCUAGUCUAGUUAGGAUACUGAUACUAAGCAGGAUAGCCAAAUACUUUGGAAGAAAUUAAUCGAUAUACUCAACAAUAAACUAAAGUAUUUCAAAAAGGAGUCAAAGACUUUAAUGAAAUCAUUCACCCUUGAUCUAAUUCAUCAGAUGAAUGCAUACUUUGUAAUAGAGUUGAAAAAGUAUGGAAUGAAGUCUGCAAUAGUUGUACCCUCUGCUCUAAAAUCUUAGGAUCCUGAUUAUUUUAUCACCUCUGUAAACAAGGAAGAAUAAUACAAGUAGUUCAUCUGGUAAGUUGGGAAGUUCCUUGAAGAAUAAGGCCUUAAAUUCAAUUCCUUUUUUGAAAACUACAGAAUAUAUGGAGGCAAAAAUCUAUCGAAAGAGUCCAAAAAAUAUGAGAGACUCUAUAUAUUAUUGAACUAAAAGAAUUGGUACUUCGAUGAUACUUAGACUCAUAAUUCAUUCUAUUUGGAAUUCUCUAAGUCUUUACUAUAAUCUGAAUAAAAAUUGGACACAGAGAAGAUAAAUAUGAGUUUAAUGGAAGAAUCAAAGAGUGGCUUAACACCAGAAACUGAAGAAAUAAAGAAAGAGGACACAGUACAAUAAAGUGAUAGCAAGCAAGUAUUAUUCAGUCUUGAGAAACAAGUUCCUUAAGAAAAUUCAUAGAACGUUAGACCAGAAUUUCAAUCAAAUACAUGUAUUUUAGAAUUAUAUUUACCUAUCUCUUUAGCCAUCUUUGAUUAAUGUGAAAGAUGUCGAGAAUCUUUAGCUGCAGUCUACUGUUUAGCAUGUGGCUCAGAUGAUCCUAUAAAAUAUUGCUAUGAUUGUGAUAAUACAGUCCAUCAAAUUUCAUACAAGGCUUAGCAUAAAAGAAAUGUGAUCUAGUUCAAUUAAGUUUAAGAUGAAAAUGAUUCGAUUGAAAAUUCUUAUUCUAAACUAAGCUUACACCAACCUCUGAGAAGUGAUAAUAAUUUCAAUCACAACAACAAUUCAAUAAGUGAUCUAAACUAGCCUCUGUCUGAAAAUAAGUCUCUAUACAACUUUGCCAGUGUUAACAGUAAUAAUCAAACCCAGGAAACGAUAAUUAAAAAAAGUGGGUCAAAAUCACUUUUUUAGAAUGAAGCUUUUAGAAAGUUGAUGAGGAAAGACAGCAUUGAAAGCAUUGGUAAAGAUACAGUUAUAUCUCAUUAAACAUCAUAAUUGAAUGCUCAUUACCUUAAUGCAAACGAGGAAUAAAAUGAGUAUAGAUCAAUUGAAAAUUAUUACUCAAAGGAAUAUGUGGAAGAGAUUUAACAGUUUUACAAAAAGGAGAAAGAAGAAAUGAGAAUGAAGAUAAUGAGACUAGAAACUAUGAUUGACUAAGAAAGGGAAAAUUUUAAGUUUACAGUUAAUGAACUUAAACUUCAGCAUGAUGCAGAGCUGAGGAAGCAUUAAAUGAGCUAGAAAUAAUGCUAAGUCUAAGAUAGGACAUCAGAGCAGUUAAGAGAAAAAGAUCAUUAGAUAUAAUCCUUGGUCAUAGAGAUCAAUGAUUUGAAGUCUUAAAUAAACAGAAUAACUAUUGGGAAUAAAACUAUGGAAAAGGAAAUGAAAGAGAAUUCAAGUCUCAACUCGUAGCAGCUAAUUUAAUUUUAGCAAUAGAUUGAGCAUUAUUAGGUUUUAAUUGACAAGUAGAAGGUAGAGCAUUAGCAUUAAAUUAGAUUGGUUAGCGAUAAAUUAGAGUAGGAUAAGUAAAAUCUUAAAAGAGACUAUGAGAAUCUCAUCAAUACCAUUAAAACAGAGUAUCAAUAGUAGAAAAAUGAGGUCAGAGAAUAGCUUAGGAGAGUAGAAUUAGAUCUUGAACACAAAAAGCAAGAUUACAUAGAUUUGAAGUAAGAAUUUGAAUAGAGAAUUGAAAAUCUAUGUAAAGAGAUGGACAGACUCACUAAAUAACUUGAGAAUGACUAGAAAGGACACAGCACAGUACUAGCUGAAAGAAUAAAGGUUGAGCAAAUCAAUAAAGAGAUCGAUAAGGAGAAUAGAAUACUCAAUAAUGAAAUUCAGCACUUAGAAGAUGAGGUUCAGAGAACCAAGCAAGAAAAUAUUGAUCUCAAAAAAAAGGUCAAGAAGAUGGAGAAAAUGGUUUAUGGCCAUAGCAAUCACAACAUGAGUAGUUCCAAUAACAAUUAGAGUAUGGGUAGUAGGAAGAAAUCAUUUAUUGCUUGA